UGCCCGACAACGAACUAUCGUAAUACUGAAGAAUUUUGACUAAUUGUGUUCUCUUCGAGAGAUGAUCGGCAUUCUCGUAUAUAAUACCCAACAAAGACCCUUUAUUUUCGCACCAGAGGGGCAAAGGCAGUCAUUUAAAUAACUACAGUUCGCCUACUCCCUCGAUUCCUUAUCUUCUCUCAACUAUCUCUCUGUCAUGGCCUCAUUCCACCACGAGAAAUCUGUGCCGUUUGCAAGAAUGAAAGCGAUGUGGCCAACAUCAAACAAUUUUCCGGUUGCAAAGCGUGCAUGUACUGCAAUGAGUGGCCGUGAAUUCCGAUUGGCCCGUUUUUAUUUCGUAAACUUCACAAAGACAAAAGAUGCGUUUUCUGGCGAGGACGUAUCUAUUCCGCAAACUCAUGCUAUUUUCGCCCUAAUCAUGGUGACACCGAUAGAUUCGAAGCAUAUCUCCGUAAGGACCUGCGAGUACCAAAACAGAAUAUCAUUAGCCUUCAGGCAACAAGAUCGGCUACCAUUGACGGGUUCACGAGCCUCAUUCAAAAUCCAAACAUUGACCAUGGCAGGGCGACUAUCACUGACUGGAAAGCCUCUGACGACACAACUGAGAUACUAUGUCUCGCCGAUAUGGGCCUCCUGGACGAAGACAAGAAUGCCGUAGAAGGGAUUCCAGAUUGAGCAAUCAAUCAACCUCUCCUGCGACUGUCAGAGGCUAAGGGUAAUGAUAUUACGGUCGUACUCGACUGUUGUCACGCUGCAGGUAUCAAUCGGGGUGUGCAACGUCCCGAUGCGAGACUUAGAUCAGACCUACUUGCUUACUUAUUGCCACCCUCCGGAUUUAUUGACCUGUAUAUCCUUGGAGGAACGUGAAGCCAAGCUUACUGUUCCCGUCGACGCCACCGAAAC